AUGGCAGAAAAGUCUAUACUGAAAUUUGUUCAACAACAAGAAUUUGACACAGAAAUCAAUGCUCUUUCUUCAGGAAACUCUCAUGUGAAUCGUAGAAGUCGAAUCAGGAACUUUGAUCCAUAUUUGGAUGAUGGAAUUUUACGUGUCGGCGGUCGACUACACCAGUCAAGUAUUCCAGCAGAGAUGAAACAUCCAGUUAUUCUACCCAAAGAUCAUCAUGUGUCAACUAUCAUUCUUAGACAAAUUCACCAAGAACUGAUGCACAGUGGUAGAAAUCAUAUGUUGGCAAAGUUAAGAGAAAAGUAUUGGAUUAUUCAUGCUCCGUCAGCCAUCAGGAAGCUGAUAUCAAGAUGUGUUACAUGUAGACGAUUCAAGUCGAAAGUUGAAGAACAGAAGAUGGCAAAUCUACCAAAGGAUCGUAUCGUUCCAGAUGAACCACCAUUUAGCAGAGUAGAUGUCGAUUACUUUGGACCGUUCGAAGUAAAACAAAAGAGAAGUCGUGUGAAACGUUAUGCCGUAAUAUUUACCUGCUUGGCAAGUCGAGCUGUACAUUUGGAAGUAGCAGCUUCAUUGGACACUGAUUCUUACUUAAAUGCCUUGCGACGCUUUAUUGCCAGAAGGGGACAAGUUACGAAGAUAAGUUCUGAUAAUGGAACUAAUUUUGUUGGUGCCGAACGUGAACUUGCCCGAUCCAAACAGGAAUGGAAUCAACACCAGAUUCAAAAUUCAAUGUUGCAGAAGAAUGUAGACUGGCAGUUUAACCCACCAGCUGGAUCACAUCAUGGUGGAGUGUGGGAAAGAAUCAUUCGAAUUAUUCGCAAGGCCAUGAACAGCGUUCUAGGGGAACAGACCUUGGACGACGAAUGA